GCAGUGUCAGCUCUUCCCAGCCUCCAUUUGUGCAGAUGCCAGGAUCGCCGGUCAUGUCAGGGUACUAUGGUGUCAGGAGAUCUUUCCUGUCAGAUUCAGACUUCCACAGCAGCAAACAGUUCCCAAAUGACCUCUACACCUCCAGCACGACCAAGCCCUUUGCCUGUGAGUCCUCAGCUGGGCAGAGUCACACAGGCCUGCUGGAGUCCUACCUGGCAGAGCCCUAUGGAGACUACCGCCCACCAGCGCUGACCCCCACGCCGAGUUCCCUGUUCAGCACCUCGACUCUGCCACCACCGCUCCUGCCACCUCCGUUCCCCAGUGACCCAGCUCACUUUGUGUUUAGAGACUCAUGGGAACAGACGGUGCCGGACAGCCUCAGCCAGCCAGACCCUGUGCCUGCGGAUGCCCUGCAGACCUUGCCAUCCAGCACCAGUUGCCUCUCCCAGCUGGAAUCAGGAAGCAGCGCCCAGCACAGGAGCACGGGCUGGGGGACGUCCCUUGCUGGGGCUCCGUCCUACUCACUGCAUGCACUGGAGGAUCUGCACCACACCCCAGGGUACCCCACCCCACCUCCGUACCCCUUCACUUCUUUCAUGACAGUGUCAAAUGACCUCCCACCCAAGGUGGCGCCCCUCUCCCUAGAGGAGGGAUCAGAAGCCUCUUCCCUUCACGACCCUUCACCUUGGACAAAAGAAGAUGGCAGCCUGGCCUGGGGCUCUUAUGAAUGCCGAAGAGCUUACUGAGACACAGGGUAGAGGACGUCUGCAUUUUUAGGGAAGUUGGACUCUGUGUCCACUGACUCUUCUAAGUGUGCUAGCUCGUUCGGAACUGGAUUUUCAGUUUAAGCAACAAU